GAAGCUUUACAACAGCCUUAAAUUUUAUUUUUUAUUUUUUUGGCAUUAUCAACUUUGACGGACGACUACAUUAUUAUUAUUAUUAUUUAUUUAUUUAUUGAGGAUGAUGUGAUCAACGAACCAACCAAAAACAUUAUUUUCAAUUGCUCUUUUUUCCAUCAUUGUCUGUUUGUGGUUGUUUGUGUGUGUGUAUAUUGUAUCCAUCUUUUUCAUUUAAAACAUCACACACGAUUGAUUUAAAACAAAAAAAAAGGUCUCAAACACCUUUGAUUCAUCAAGUUAUUGCUGUUCGAAUGUGUUAUCGAAUUCCACGAUAGUCAAUAAAUUGAUUGAUUAUCAUUCAUUAUUGAUACGAUACAGUUAUUGAUUUCCAAAUGGUUCUACCCAUUACAUUGGCCGUGAUGCCUAAAAAAAGAGAUCAUCAUUCAUCAAAUUUUUCAAAUAUUGUACGUGAUGGUGUUGUUGGUAAAUAUACUAAAACCGAAUCACCACCUAAUCUGCCAAUUAUAAAUAUUUGGACAUCAUCAAGUUUAUCAACAACAACUAAUUCUAAAUUAUCGGCAAUUAAUAGACGUACUAAUAAUGUUCAUUCAACAUCAUCUACAACGGCUACUGGAGCCGGUAUUAGUCAUCAACCGAAUUCAUCUUCAUCAAAUAUAUUGGCAUCAUCUUUUAGUACAUCGAUACCUAAUCUUGCAUUCAUUGGUCAACAAUCGGCUAUGAAUGUCAAUAAUACCAAACAAAGUCCACAGAUUCAACAACAACAACAACAACAACAACAUCAUUUUCAUGCCAAUUCCACUUCGAAUCUUUUUAACCAUCAUCUUAAUCAGCAUCAUAAUCCUGCAAAUUCAGGUCGAUCAACAAAGGCCAAUCAUUUAGCAUUGACAACUGAUUAUUGCAAUAAUAUGACGCGAGCAUCAUCACAAAUGACAAUAAACAAUAAUGGUUAUCAAGUGCCAACAAGUAGGCCGAUUUAUGCAUCAGCAUCCUCGAAGACGAAUUCAAUGACUGUGACAACUGGGACAAACAAUAGUCAAUUAAAAUCGACUCCAUCAUCAAGCAAUUCAUCAUUGCAAUCGAUACAUAAUUACAAUGGCCAAAUGAUCGAUUCAUCGCCAUCAUCAUCGACUACAAUAACGACUACAACAUCGUCAUUGACUACAAAUAAUAGUGCAAUGUAUCAAUCAAUUAGUGGCUAUCGGCAACAAUCUUGUCAAAAAAUUGGACAACAACAAAUUUCAGCCUUACCAAUUUUACAAACAUCAACAACUGUUGCCGUAGGCGGAAUAAACGAUUCAAGCAUAAUUACAACUCAACCGAUUCCGACGACAACAGCACCAAAUUAUCUUCAAUUAAAUCAUCAACAUAGUAAAAUGUGGAUCUCACAACCAACAUUACGAGCUUCGAGUCCAUCUCAAGCAUCAUCGCAAAUCCGUUCAAUGAUGAAUUUGAAUCAAAUGGUUUCAUCAUCAUCCGGAUCUGUUAAUAAUAAUCAACCUGUUGGUUCGUCGUUCCCUUCAAACAAUUGUCUAAAUAAUCAAACAACUUGUUAUUCGAAUCAACAACAACAACAACAAUUGCCCAAUUAUGUUCAACAACAACAACAAGCAAAUCAUCAGAUAAUGUUAAUGAAUUCAUUAGUACAUGAACUUCAUAAACAACAACAUAAUGCCUCAUCUAAUUCAUCGAUCAAUCAAGCAAUGGAUACAUUUUCUUCUUAUUAUUCACCAUCAUCAUCAUUAUCAUCCAUACACGAAAAUUCAUCCACAUCAAACAUUGCAGCCACAUCAAUAUCAAAUCUUAAUAGUCAACAACAAAUAUUAUCAUCAUCAUCUCAAACAUCGAUGAAUAAUUUUUCGCCCAAAACACCUAAACAAGAAUUCCGAAGUCAACAGCAGCAGCAGCAGCAACAACAACAACAGAAUCGAACACCUCAAACACAGCAACAGGCUCAACACUUAUAUCAGAAUACGUCAUCGUGUUCAUCGAUCAAUAAUCUACCCACCAUGAUAAAAUCACCAUCAUCUACAAGUGUUAAUCAUAAUAAUGGUAGUAAUACAACAUUGGAUUCAUUUGCGGAAAACAUGCAAAUACAAAUGUAUCAUAAACAAAUUCAGGAACAAUAUUCUAAUCAACAAACACAUGAAACAUUAGCUCGUGUACUUUCUGCUGUUACAAAUCCGUCUAAUACUUAUAGCCAAAAUCAAGUGCAACCAAAUGUCAGUUGUUCAACAUCAUCAUCACAAUCAUCAUUAUCUUCGUUACAAUCUGGACCAUUCAAAUCAUCAUCUAACCAGGCAUUAUCGAUAGCUGGAGGAUCAAAUUCAAAAUCUAAUUCUUAUCAGAAUUUAACUUCAGUUGCAUCGAAUUCGAAUUCAUCGGUGAAUACCACGACUCAACAAACUGAGAAUGCUUCAUCACCAACAGCUAUCGGUGCAGUUGCUAGUAAUAAUAGUGGCCAAGAAGAAUCAUUACCAUUACCACCUGGAUGGUCUAUUGAUUUUACAUUACGAGGAAGAAAAUAUUAUAUUGAUCAUAAUACUAAAACUACUCAUUGGAGUCAUCCAUUAGAAUCUGAAGGUCUACCAACAGGUUGGGAACGUGUAACAUCUCCCGAAUAUGGAGUUUAUUAUGUUAAUCACAUUACACAACAAACACAAUUUGAACAUCCAUUAGCUGCUCGUUAUGGUCAACAUUUAAUUUCAGCAACAAACAAUAAUGGUACUACAAUCGGAUCUUGUUGGUCACAUUCUCAAUCUCCACAAUCACAACAAUUUAAUAGUCCAAAACAGCAAUCACAACAACAUAUUUACAUGAAUGCCGCCAACAUACAACAAUUGCUUAUGAUGAACCAACAGAAUUUAAGUAAAGAAAUUGUUGCAUCGUUACCUAAAGAAGAAAAUCACACUAUUUUAGAUAAUCAUGUUUAUUCAAAUGUGCCUUUAUUAUUUCAACAAUUAUUGCCAAAACAUCAUCAACAACAAAAACUACAAUUAUCACCAUUAAUGGAAAAUGAUGGUGGUAGCUCAACAUCAAUUUUAGACACUGAUUCCGGACAAUAUGCCAAUACUGGAAAUUUGAAUAGAAUUUCCUCUUCUGAAUUGAAUGAUGAUAAUAAAGCUAAUGGAUCAUUGGAUAAUCAAAUGAUAAAUUCAUUAUUAUUACCUAAACAUAGGUUGCUUAGCACUGCACUAUUUGGAUCAACUCAAUUAUUGAAUAAUCGUUCUAAUGAACAAUCCGAAAAAAACGAUGACAAUAAUAAUAAUCUUUCAAAAUCGAUAGAACCUAUUUAUUCACCAUUACUGUUACGACAAAAUCAACCAUCAACAGCAUUACCAUUACCAUUACCACCACGUCCAUCACGUAUCAAUGAUUGUAUUGUUCCCGCAAAUCCAUAUCUCACCGAAGAGAUUCCUCAAUGGCUAUAUAUCUAUUCAAAAGCUCCACCUGAACAUGACCAUAAACUUAAGUGGGAACUAUUUCGUUUACCUGAAUUGGAUUGUUUUCAAGCUAUGUUGAAUCGCCUUUAUCGAACUGAUAUGGAACGAUUAGUUAUGUCAUAUGAAAUUAUACGUAAUGCAUUACUGAGAGAGAUUGAACGUCGUACAGCCGAAAAUAAACAUAAAUGCACAAUAAUCGACAAUAAUGAUGAUAUUCAAUCAACAAAUGACGAAAAGAAUGAUCCGACUUUAUUAUCACAAUCAAAACAGCCAAAUAAUGAUGAUGGUGAUAAAAAUGAAUCAUCACCGGAACCUCCACCUGAAUUUCGUGGUGAAAAUACAAAAUCUUCCAAAACCAAUACUUGUUCACCAUCAUUAAAUUCGAUAACAAUCAUAUCAUCACCACCAUCAUCAUCACAAUCGGAUAACUCGACAAUUAUCACAGCCAUAUCUUCAUCAUCGAUACCAUCAUUCGUAUCGAUUUCACAUCUUUUUACAGCCGAAGAGGAGACAAAAGUUUAACAAACAUGUUAAUGAUGAUGAUUGAUCCUGUUCAAUUGUGUUGAAGCAUAAUCAAAAAAAUAAUUUUUGUUAAUAUUCUAAGUCAAAUCCUUCUAUUUUUUUUUUU